GUAGAAACAGUUCCGCCGGGCUUGCUGGAUCGGAUCAUCGCAGAGCUGUCGGUGAAGGAGGUGGUGACACUGGGCCAGACGUGCCGCUACCUGCACGCUCUCUGUAGUAACGACUCCGUGUGGAAACGCAUCAGCCGCCGCUUAGCGCCACGGCUCAGUGCUGAGGGGGUGGCUGAACAUGGCUUUUGGAAACGGGCUUCCAUCCUCAACUAUACCAAAGGCCUAUUCUUCCAAACGUUCGGUGGCCGUAGGAAGACCGUGAGUCGGACAGUGGCACCUCACCUGUCCCACGGGUACCGCAAGUUCAUCCCCACCAAGGAUAACAUCUUUAUCCUGGACUACAGUGGCACUCUGUUCUUCCUGAAGAAUGCACUGGUCUCCUCCAGCUUGGGCCAGAUCCAGUGGAGGCGGGCUUGUCGCUAUGUUGUACUGUGCCGCAACGUCAAGGACUUUGCAACUGACCCGAGGAAUGACACAAUCUACAGGAAAUAUUUAUAUGUGCUGGGGACAAGGGAGAUUCCUCCUUUGGUAGCCCAGGACCCAAGUGAAGCUGCCUGUGCAUGUGACUGCGUAGAGGUGUACCUCCAGUCCAGUGGACAGCGAGUAUUCAAGAUGACCUUCCACUCUUCCAUGAGGUUCAAGAAGAUUAAGCUGGUGGGACAAGAAACGGAAAGGUCUUUGCUCCUCUUGACAGAUGAUGGAAAGAUGUACAGCUUGACCAUCAACGAAACGCAGCUGGACCAGCCGAGGUCCUACACCGUGCAGCUGUCCACCCGCAAGAUCACCAAAUGUCUGCCCCACAUCACUGUCGCCAAGGUCCACUCCAACCAGAGCAGUGCUCUCUACAUCACAGACUCAGGUGCUGUCUACUUGGAAGUACACACUGCUGGUGUCUAUCGGGACCUCUUUGGAACUCUUCACGCCUUUGAUCCCUUUGACCCGCAGAUGCCUCUGGCGCUGGCGCUUUCCUCCAAGGUGAUCAGUUGUUCACUGGGAUACAACCAUCUGGGGCUGGUCGAUGAAUUUGGACGUGUGUUCAUGCAGGGAAACAACCGAUAUGGACAACUGGGGACAGGUGACAAGAUCGACAGAGGAGAACCAACCCUGGUGCCAUACCUGAAGCGACCAGUGGACAUCUGGUGUGGGCUGAACCACUCCCUGGUUCUCACGCAGUCCAGCGACUUCAGUAAGGAAGUGCACGGCUGUGGUUGUGGAGCGGGAGGUCGUCUGCCGGGGUUCCCAAAGGGCAGUGCCUUCUUUGUCAAGCUAUAUGUUCAGGUCCCCCAUUGUACCAGGCUACUGUGUUCCAGCCGCGAGUGCCUCUACAUGCUGUCCUGCCACGACAUCAAGCAGGAGCCAGUGUUUCGGGAGCUGCCUUCUGCCAAGGCCCGGUGCCAGGGUGCCGGCACUGACGGGGAGGGCUCGCGCCUGUGUGCCCGCUACCUAAGCCAGCUGGAGAGCUGUGGCAGCCUGCCCGAGCAGAUGCAGAUGAUGAAGGAGAUUGUGGGUCAGAUGGGGUUGUCUGCCUACCAGAAGGACUUUCUGAAAGAGGCCAUCAGCACCUUGCAGCGGUCGACAGGUGUCCGGCACCCUAGUGGUGGAGUGUUCAUGUGA